AUGCGAUUCAACACUUGGUGCUGCCUGGGCCUCGUAGCCCUGUCUGGGGCUUCGACACUCAACCCUCCAGUGGUGCCCUUGAUUGUUCGAAAUCCGUAUCUCAGCACGUGGCUUAGCUCCGCCCGAGUCGAGCCUUGGGAGACAUGGCCGAUAUUCUGGACGGGCGAAAACAUCGGCUUUGGGGUUAUGGCCUCCGUGCCAGACUCUCAGACCGUCUUCCCGCUUCUUGGUCGCCCACAUGAUUCCCUGCAUUCCGACCAGGAUUACACCAUAGCAUAUCCCGAGUAUCUGGGUACAACAUUUGAUGCGUCUACCACCAACUUGACCUUCGCCAUCCCGGACAAUGCCGCCAACUCUUCGGUUACCGUGACUCUUUCUUUUCUUUCGCCCAUAACCCCCACAUCGACACUCAGACAGUCGUUGCCGGCUGCCUAUCUGUCUGUCUACGUUGAGGGUUCUUUUGGUAUCAGUAUAUACCUUGACAUCAAUGGUCAGUGGGUGAGCGGCAAUAGGUACAACAAGAUCCGUUGGGAUCUGCACGACGAGGUACUCACUCCCCAGGGUGACGCCAGUCAACCGCGUAAGACAUGGAGAAUCUCGAGACUCAACCAGGAACUGUACACCGAGUUCAACGACAGGGGUGAAUGGGGGACCGUACACUUCUCUGCCCCUGCAGAUGUCAAUCACCAGGCAGGUACCUCUGCUGCUUUGCGGCAACAGUUUGCACAUCAUGGCCACCUAAAAAAUAUCACCGACCACCGGUUCCGAGGCAUCAUGGACUCGGAACCGGUUUUUGCCUUUUCAAAAACCUUCAACCUGGAUGCAAACAACAGCGAGGCCAAGAAAAACGAUGAUAGCGUAUUGUUCUCCUUCGCUCUCAUUCAGGAUCCAAUUCUUCAAUACGCCGCGGCCAGAGGACUGACCCAUAUGCGGCCAUAUUGGGCCAGCUUCUUUGAGACUGCGGAUGAAAUGGUGGCUUAUCACUAUGGGGAUUUCAAGACAGCUAGCUCGCUCGCCCUAGCAUAUUCCCAGCAGCUUUCGCGAGACGCCUUUGCUUCAGGCUCCAAGGAGUAUGAGGAGAUUGCUGCCCUGUCGGCCAGACAAGUACUUGGUGCUACCGAGUUCUCUGGAACCCCUGACAGUCCACUGCUGUUCCUGAAGGAGAUAUCCUCAAAUGGAAACUGCCAGACUGUUGAUGUCAUCUUUCCAGCAUUUCCAUUCUUUCUCUACACCAAUCCGCGCUGGCUGGCCUACCUCCUAGAGCCACUCUUGGAGCACCAGCUCUCUGGCCAAUAUCCCAACGAUUAUAGCAUGCACGAUCUAGGAUAUCAUUUCCCAAACAUGACGGGGCACGCGGACGGCAAAGACGAGUUUAUGCCAUUGGAAGAGUGCGGAAACAUGCUCGUAAUGGGAUUAGCGUUGAUCAACGCCUACCGUUACGAUGCAGCUCCGGAUCCGAAAGGCCCCGCUGUCAUGCAAGCAACUCAGAGGCUCAAUAUCUCUGACAUCCAACGUCGUGUUGUCGACCCCCAAGGCAUUGACAAAAGCUGGAGUGAAAUGGGCACAGGGGGACUGGCGGAAGCCGAACGCUGGGCACAGCGAUCGUACAAGCUAUGGAAACAAUGGUCAGCUUGGCUGGUAAAGGAAGCCCUUAUGCCGGCCAACCAGCUCUCAACAGAUGACUUUGCAGGCUGGCUGCCAUACCAGACAAAUCUAGCACUCAAAGGCAUCAUUGGCCUUCGAGCCAUGUCGGACAUUGCGGAGAUGCUGGACCAUAAAGUCGACGCGAAAUACUAUCGCGAUAUUGCAGAAGAAUAUAUCGCGAAGUGGCAAAAAUUGGGAAUUUCACGCGAUGGUACGCAUGCCAAGCUUGCUUACGACUGGUACGGCUCGUGGACGACGCUCUACAACCUCUACGCCGAGUCGCUGCUUUGCUUUCACGUGCCGCCGUCCAGUGACAAGACAGCCUCGACGACGAUCUCGGCAAGUCAUAGGGAACAGCAAAGGCCACUUUCCAACAACGAUGAGGUGGUCGCCAGCAGGGAGUGGCAGCCCUUCAUCCCAGACAAAAUCUACAAGAUGCAGAGCGAUUGGUACUUUGCGGUCAUGCAGAAGUAUGGCCUCCCGCUCGACAGCCGGGCGCGCUACACCAAGAGCGACUGGGAAUUCUUUGCGGCGGCCGUAGCCAGCAACAAGACGCGCAAGGUGCUGCUCGAUAGCGUGGCACUCUGGGUGGAUGAAACGAGCACCAACAGGCCUUUUACGGACCUGUACGAGACGGAGGGCACGGGUGGUUUCGGGGCCGGGAACGAAUUCAAGGCGCGGCCGGUGGUCGGUGGACACUUUGCGUUUCUGGCGCUGGAGAGAGCAUGUGGGGGACGAGCGAUGGAGGGAUUAAAGUUUUUGGACAUUCGGGUUGAGGAAACUGUCGAUGUGGAGAAAUCUUUGGCUGAUGAUAAGGCCGAUGGAUGGGAUGAGUUCGCGUCCCCUCGUCAUGACGAAGUAACUGAGCGCCGUCGUUCUGCGUCUCCCGCCAACGGUGACCGCGACCGUGAGCGCGACCGAGCUCCUCCUCGAGACAACGGCGGCGGCAGGGAUGGUGAUGGAGAUGCCAUUAACCCGGGCUCUAAUCUCUUCGUCACUGGCAUUCACCCACGCCUUACUGAGGCUGAAGUGACCCGCAUGUUUGAGAAAUAUGGAGAGGUUGAGAAGUGCCAGAUCAUGCGCGAUCCGCACACAAGGGAGUCUCGUGGCUUCGGCUUCGUGAAGAUGGUUACCUCUGACCAGGCCGAUGCUGCCAAGGAGGGCCUCCAGGGCGAGGAGCUUGAAGGUCGUACUCUGAGCAUCGAGAAGGCCCGUCGUGCUCGUCCUAGGACACCCACACCCGGCAAAUACUUUGGUCCUCCCAAGCGUGAAGGUGGUGGUGGCCGCGGUGGACGCUUCGACGAUCGUCGCCGUGGCGGAUAUGGCGGCGGUGGCUAUGGUGGUGGUCGCGACGACCCGUACCGUUACCGCGGCUAUGAUCGUCGCAAUGACGAUCGCGACCAGCGUGGCUACCGUGACGACCGUGGCUAUGACCGUGGUUACGAUCGCAAUGGCGGUGGUCCCCGCGAUGACCGCUUCGACCGCCGCGAUCGCGACGAUGGCUACGGUGGACGCGACCGCUACCGUGACGACCGUGGUGGUGACCGCGGCUAUGGCGGCCCCCGUGACGACCGCCGUCCUCCCAUGGAUCGUGAGCGCGAGCGCGGUGGUGAUCGCUUCGAUCGCGACCGCGAAGGACCUCGUUCCAGGGAGCCACCUGCAGCUGGCUAUGAUGGCCCUCGUGGCGAGCCCCGUGAUUCCUACGGUGGGUUACAUUCCGAACUUCUUCACAGUCUUCCUGAGGACGACAAUGGCACCGGCAAUUUACAUGGUUCAGACCUAUGGCCAUUUUUGUGCCGGUCACCAUUUCGACCUAGAGGGAGAAGUGUGAUCGACAUUCUGGCUCUUGAAGUUACUGCUCGCCCCGUUGGAUUUCCUUUACGCAUCAUUUGUCGGCUUGCUUCGGAUUCGAAACCGAGGAUUUAA